UCUACGUUUAAACUUUCCACACCCGGGCAACCUUGGCGCCCUCCCUGCAGGAUCGCAGCCUCCGCAGGAGUCAAGCUCCCGCUCUUUGGUUGGCAGACGUCUAGGCCCGGGCCAGGGGUUCGGCCCAAUGUUGGACGGGAAGGAGGCGGGACGCCGCGUCGGCUCUGGGGGAAAAAGUGUAUCUUCUGGUUGCUAAUGUGAAUUUGGGACUACUGGAUAUAUGGAGAAAGCAAAUUGCACAGAAAUGAAUAUUAUCACCAGGAUUUGAAGACUAUAAAUAUGCACUUUAUUAUUGUCAUGGACUCUUCUGGAGAAAAGAAUCUUGUGAAAUUAUGGGAAUAGAGGCCAUUUUUCAAAACAAUGGAGGAAAGAGCAAAAAGUCCAGAUACUAAUCAAGAAAGAAAUUCAGGCAAACACCAUGACUCUUACUGUUCAUCUGAUUUCGAAACUUCGCUACAGUCUUCUGGCCGGUCUUCAGUUGCCAACCUCUCAUCACCUACAAGUGUUAAGGAAAAAAAUCCUAAAAGACACAUUUCAGAUAGCCAGGUGUACCACCAAGCCCCUGGGAAAUCAAGCCCUAAGGGUCUACCAAACAGAAGGGGAGUCCGAGUGGGAUAUCGCUCCCAGAGCCUCAAUAGGGAACCACUUCGGAAAGAUCUUGAUCUUGUUACAAAACGAGUUCUUUCUGCAAGACUGCUAAAAAUCAAUGAGUUGCAGAAUGAAGUGACUGAACUUCAGGUCAAGUUAGCUGAGCUGCUAAAAGAAAAUAAGGCUUUGAAAAGGCUUCAGUACAGACAGGAGAAAGCCCUGAAUAAGUUUGAAGAUACAGAAAAUGAAAUUUCACAACUUAUACUUCGACAUAACAAUGAGAUUACAGCACUCAAGGAACGUCUAAGAAAAUCUCAAGAGAAAGAACGGGCAACUGAGAAGAGGGUAAAAGAUACAGAAGGUGAACUAUUUAGGACAAAAUUUUCCUUAAAGAAACUGAAAAAGAUCUCUGAAGCUAGACACCUGCCUGAACGAGAUGAUUUGGCAAAGAAACUAGUCUCAGCAGAAUUAAAAUUAGAUGAUACUGAGAGAAGAAUUAAGGAACUUUCAAGAAACCUUGAGCUGAGUACUAACAGUUUCCAACGACAGUUGCUUGCUGAAAGGAAAAGGGCAUAUGAGGCUCAUGAUGAAAAUAAAGUUCUUCAAAAGGAGCUACAACGACUAUAUCAGAAAUUAAAGGAAAAGGAGAGAGAGCUGGAUAUAAAAAACAUAUACUCUAAUCGUCUGCCAAAGUCCUCUCCAAAGAAAGAAAAAGAAUUUGCACUGAGAAGAAAUGCUGCGUGCCAGAGUGACUUUACAGACCAGUGUACAAAAGGAGUACAAACCAGUGAAGACUUUGAGCUGGAGGAAUUUCCUAUAACACCACAAACAGUUAUGUGUUAUGAAAACAAAUGGGAAGAAUCUGAACAUCUUACUUUGAAUCUGGAAUCCCAAGAGAGAGGUGGGCAUGAAGAAGCAGAGAUUCUAAAUCCAAUUGUGGAAGGAGAAGAAUCCAUGAAAGAACUCGAUGCUAUAAAACAGGAGGUUGAGAAGCUGGAGAAUGAAUGGGAAAGAGAAGAACAUGAUAAAAAGCAAAGCGAAAAUACAUUUUUACUGAAAAGAGAAGAAAAGCCAGAGUUAGAAAUGAGAAGAUACCAAAUAGGAAUGAACCAAUUUCAGGAUACUGAUAAAUUGGAAGAAGAUGAAGAAGACAGACUUAAGAGAGAAAUGCUACUUGCUAAACUGAAUGAGAUUAACCGAGAACUUGAAGAUUCUCAGAACCUAAAAUAUCCGCCUCUGCCAUUGCUACCUGAUUUUGAAUCAAAACUAGACUCCCCAGAGAAAAACCCCAAAACAUAUACGUUCUCUGAACCGUCAAAGAGAUCAUUUAAUGGGCAUCAUUUGCAAGACAUCAGUUUUUUAACUACAAAAGGAGAGGGCCAGAAUUUAAGAGAUACUAGAAGCGCAGCGUCUCCAAAUGAGUUUGCAUUUGGUAGCUAUGUGCCUUCAUUUGCAAAAACAUUAGCGAAGUCAAAUUUAUUUAGUCCAAGAAGUGGUCUUUUGGAGUUCCAAAGUAACACUAUGGAAAAACUUAACAAAGACAAUGUAGAUUUAAUUACGAGAAAAGAAAGAAAAGCUAACCUGAUGGAACAGCUAUUUGGUGCCAGUGGCAGCAGCACGAUUUCCUCUAAAAGCAGUGACCCAAAUUCUCUGUCUGUCAGCAGAGGAGACUUUGACCCUCUAAAUUUUCUCUCUGGGGAUAAAAGCAGCAGGAGCAUAGAACAAGAUGAAGAUGAUGACUUUUUCCUCAGUGAAGGAAGAAGUUUUAAUCCAAAUAGAAACAGAUUAAAACAUGCAAAUAGUAAACCAACAGUAAAAGCAGUUGAUUCUGUAGAAGAUGAAAUUGAAGAAGUAGCACUGAGAUGACUGACUUGAUUAUGUAUUUUUUCCAGUUGUAAAUAUUAAAGUAUUUUAAUACAGUAUGUAUUAUAAACAUUUAAACUUGUUAAGAAUUCCUUAUUAAAGAAUGAUUUUUAAUAGCUAACUACAAUGCAGAUUUUAAAAAGUAGAUCAUAUCCACACCACAAAGCUAGUUUGCCAAGAAUGAAGGAAGGUUUUUUGAGUGAAAUCAAAAAUAGAUUUAUCUUACUUUUUACUUAUGAAUCAGUUUUACCUCUUAAGCCAGCUCUAUGGGAAGUUUUCCUCCAUUGGAGGUCAUACUCAUUUCCUACUGUUUAUUUUUUUGGUCAUAUACUCACUGAGCUAACUACAGUCUUCCUGCUGAUUUUUUUAAUGGAAAUUAAGAGUGAGAGGUUUUGUGUUGGGAAGUGUAGAUCCCAUGUGAUGGAGAACAAAUGCUACUUAAGAGCCCUGCCCUUUGUGGAUAGGGGUGGGGUCCCUGUGCCUGGUAAGGCAGAGCCAUUCCUAAGUGCUGGCAUGACAAGACAGCAUUGAGAUUUCCUUUUCCUUUGGAAAUACAGUUAAACACUACUCAUCCCAAUUACAAAUCUCAUAAAAUCACUUACCUACAGCUGUGAUACUAGGUUGAAUUCAGAAGACUUUUUUUUGUAUGUAUGGACAGUUCGUUCCCCUCUCUCAUGGGUCCCUGAGGCUUGGGUACAGUGUCAUCAGUAAUGCCUCUCCUUGUUCUACAUUCUGUAUGUCUCAGUGACUGGGUGUGAGAUUUCAUACCGAAUACAAGGAAUAGAAGAAAUUUCACUGCAGUGUAGAAGGUUUUCAACUCAAUUAUGUUUCCAGAGUAAUGUAAUUUGGAAAUUUUAAUAUGUAGUUUUAAUAUUUGAACUUACCUUCAUCCAACAGACAACAAUAGCAUAGUACUAUUGGACUUACAGGACUGAUUUUAAAGCAAUCUUGAAUAAAAGUCUUUUAGAGAUGGGGCGUCUGCUUUGUUGAGUAGGGUGGAUGGUUUUCUAUUGAAACGCAUUGGUCUUUUUUUUGGCCAUUUGUAAUUCACUUCAGCUUGGAUUAUGCUGGGUAUGAUUGGAUGAUUGGUCCUUAAGAAGCACCAGCCAAGGAGAAAACACCGAUAAAAUGAAGACUGGUGGAAAUAGUGUGUCAGGGGAAGAAUAAAAAUUUAUAUUAGCACUUAACGUAAAGUGAGCUCUUUUUCAGUAAUUUUUUUUAAACUACAUAUUUACUCAUAAUUUGAUUUCUGAUGCCAAACAUACAUAUUGAGAGGACUAGAGUUUUUGUUUUAUCUUGAAUUCUUACAACUGCUUAUUAUUGAAUACCAUUUCACUACUACCUGACAAGAUUUACCUACUUUGGUCUCUAAUUAAAAGAUGUUCCACCUGUCAUCUUCUAAUUGGUGUUCCUGUCAUUUGUUGAGAACAGAAUCCCCUAUAAGUGAACUAUAUUAAAAAGUUUUCUUAAUAAAGAGAUUUUAUGUCUUACAUAAAUAAACAUUUAGUAUUUUGCAAAUGAUUCCAAUAUAUGUAAACAAUAUUAUUGUAAUGCAAUUCUUGAUGAAAUGUAAUUAUUAUGUAAUGUUAAUUUUGUUCAUAGCUGCUAAUUUUUCUACCAGAAGUGUUCCAUUUUUUAGGUUGUUUUGUUUAAAAGUUUAUUUUUUAAGCCUUUUAAAUAGUAAAGUUUUAUAUUCAGGUCAUUUUAAGUGGUCUCUUGCUUUUUUCUACCUGACGUUUUCUAAACAUCUCUUUCACCAAAUGCAGCAAAACAAAAUUAUUAAAAUCAAACGUAAAAUUCAGUUAUAAGCAAAAGCAUUAUGAUGUUAAGCAUUAAGAUUGGAGAUUAAAAUAUAUAUAACAGCUUUUUGUUUAUGAAGAAACCCUGCAGAGUAAAUAAUUUUUCCUAAAUGUCAAGUUAAAUUUAUUGUUUGUACUCAGAACUGUUAUUAAUAAAAAUGAAAAACACUGUGACUCUGCAUUUGAAUAAUGCCUUAGGUUACUUGGAAAAUUUGUAGUGAAAACAGGAACCACAGGGUUAAUUUUUAUUUAACUAUUUACCUUUCUUUUUUUUUUUUUUGCCUGUCCAGUAUUUUUAGUUCAAGUAGAUGAAUUUGCCCUAAAACAGGUUAGACAGUUUGCUACUCUUAUCAGAUAAUUAUAGUUUUAAUUAGUCCUUUCACCCUUAAAUAGCUAUCUUCAUGGCACAUAUUGCUCAUAAUAUUAAAAAAGGUGGGGGUAAAGAGGAUUAAAUUGAAUCACGAGAUAAAAACAAACUUAUUUCAUGGCUGACUCGCUGUUUUUCUGAUGUACUCUCUAUCUCAUUUUCAGACAUACUAAGAAGCUGGUUUCCCCAGUUGAGUGUUGGUUGGAUAGAGCAUACAAAUCUGCCUGAUGAAAAGGGGAAGAGAGAUUUGAAUUAUGGUGACAGUGUGUUUUUAAGAUUAAAGAAAGUAUUGUAGAUUGUGAAGAAAGAAUCUGCCUUUAAAAGCUUUUUCCUUUCUACAUAGUAAAUACCCCUCGCACAUUAAAAAGUCCCCUUU